AUGUUUAGAAAAGGAAAAAAACGACACAGCAGCAGCAGCUCACAAAGCAGUGAAAUCAGUACUAAAAGCAAGUCUGUAGAUUCCAGUCUUGGGGGACUUUCCAGGUCUAGUACUGUGGCUAGUCUAGAUACAGACUCCACGAAAAGUUCAGGACAAAGCAAUAGUAAUUCUGAUACGUGUGCAGAAUUCAGAGUUAAAUAUGUUGGUGCCAUUGAAAAACUGAAAUAUAAUGAGAGCAAAAGUCUUGAAGGGCCAUUGGACUUGAUAAAUUACAUAGAUGUUGCACAGCAAGAUGGAAAGUUACCUUUUGUUCCAGGUGAAGAGGAGUUUAUUAUGGGAGUUUCCAAAUACGGCAUUAAAGUUUCAACAUCUGAUCAGUAUGAUGUGUUACAUAGGCAUGCUCUCUAUUUAAUUGUACGGAUGGUCUGCUAUGAUGAUGGUCUGGGAGCAGGAAAAAGUUUACUGGCUUUGAAGACAACAGAUGCAGCCUCUGAAGAAUGCAGCCUCUGGGUAUAUCAGUGCAAUAGUUUGGAACAAGCACAAGCUAUUUGCAAAGUGUUAUCUACAGCCUUUGAUUCAGUUUUAAUGUCGGAGAAGUCCUGAUUUUCUUCAGCAGCACAUGACUGUGUAGUACAAGAGGCCUUUGUGUGAGGAGGAAAUGGGGCUCCUUUGUGAUACCACAGACUGGCUGUAGCUACACACAAACCUAGAAAAGACAUGCUGUGCAAAGAAGAGCCAUGCAACCUUGCACGUGGUACUUUGUCAUUCCCCAAACAUGACUUGAAGAAAUUACUCCAUCUUCAGUUUCCAGGACAAUACAGAAUUUUAUAUUUAACACGAUUUCUUUUCCUAAAUCAUGUUUUGUAUAUUAAUGUCAAUAUUGUAGAAAUGUAAAAUAAAACUGACACUUGCUUCUA